AUGACUAUCCGCACCACCAGCAUCGUCACCAACGAUUUCUUCCUUACCAGGUCUCGCGUUUGUCGCAUCCAGCUCCUUCCCGUGGUGCACCUCAAGGCUACCGCGACGGCAGCUCCAAUCGCAUCAACAAGCACUAUAUCUCCACCACCCUGUUCAUCACACAUGUGCGUCCGUCGCCAUUCAGAACUCCAAGCCGAUGACGACGCUGACACAACGGACCACGCCAAUGCCGGCCACGUUGCGGACAUCUCCAGUACCUCACGUCUUCAUCUCGACUACGAGAUGGAUUGUAUGAAACAGCACGGUUCCAAAAUGCAAGGUAAUGCUACAACGCUUGUUAUGUGUACCAAUCCUGGCAACCUCAAGUUCCCUUACAAACAACGCCAACUCACCAUCGUCGCGGAUCUUGCCAAAGUGCUAGAAAGCGUUACAUCCAAGUUUACCAAUUUACUUUACAACAACCGUCCGAAGAAGCAGCCGCGUGAACGCCACAAGCUAUCCCACCGUCAACCGCGGUGCCAAAAGUUGCAUCGCACUUUGGAUACUUACAUUUCUUACACAGUUCAAAAAUUCGACCCGAAACUUAUAGAUUUCUCUCUCUCAAAUUCUAACACUUCUAUUCCGUACUUCCACAAACAUUUUACUUCACAGUGUAAUCGCUUGUGUAUCGAUUGUAAUGUUCAAGCGAAUACACCAUUUGCUUUCGCGUGUAUCAUUCGUGUGAAUAACCAAUGUGAUCGAUGUGCGAAUAGGUGGGAUAUCCGUGAUUGCCCGUUCGGUUCCUCAAUCACGAUCAUGGUAGUCACUCUCGUUCACGAGCAUUACCAAUUCAUCAAGGAAGGAUUCUUGCCAGAGCCGCAGGUAGGACACCUAGUUGGCAUACUUUGUCCCGAAUGCUCGACCCCUCUGUGUUACUUUGCGGCAAGAGAGGAUGCGUGGACGAUCUACUGUCCACAACGUCCAAGAAAUGAACACAACUGGCGAACAUUCCGAUGUGAUCAAUUCAACCACGAACGCGCUUUGAUCAACGCGGGAGCACCUCGUCCCAUCAUUUCUUCUGAAAAGGACUGGGGCCCACGAAUCUCCCCUUCUGGAGUCGUUCUUGGACAGAAGCCGAUCUCAACCGCUUCCAAACGAGCAAAGACCAACAACCGCUCAACCAAUCGACUAGCAGAACUGCUUAACCCUAUUGAGCCCGAAGUACACCCUUUCUUAGGUAGACACCAACCCAUCCCCCCACACGAUCAACCUCAGCUUGACUCUCAUGCAGGCCCCGUACGUGCCAAAGUGAAGUACCCUUGUCUGCGAGCUUCACGAGGGCCUGUCGCACGUAAUCACCGGACUACUGGCAACAAGGGAUGCCCUCAUCAGUACUGUCAGUCGUGUUGCCUUGAAUAUGGCUUAGGGGCGUGUUUGAAGCAUACUCGACACUCUGGUAACCGUCCCGGCCCCACACUCAACCGUAUGGAAGAACCGCUUCCACCUUGUCAUCCAUCUCAACUGGCAACCGCGACCGCUAGCACAUUGUCUGCCGCCAGUACAUCUACACAACCAACUCCUGACGUUAGACGACCAGGGACCGCCAAUAAGUAUGAUGAGGCUAAAGUAAUCACGAUCCUCCUAUGGCUCAAUGCUGACCAACCAAACGUCAUUUCGGCACAUUUCGCGCAAUGGCCCAAAGCCAAGCUUGACGAAUCCACCCUGCUCAUGCAAGCAUGCACGCAGACCCUCGGACCUACAUGGAAUCGAGCACUAUGUUUCUGGGACGACAAUAUUGACUCAUGGGUAAGGGCCAUUUCCUUUGUAUUAUUUGCAUGGCUUUGUUCUGAAGGUCAUACUCGGUCACGUUGUUGUCAGAAUGAAACAAUGGUGACAUUCCCUCACAGGUACCCUACCAAUGUGAAAGUGGUUGUGGUACGGUCGCCACAUGUGGAUCCUCGCACCGCCGGGCUGCCACAACCCAAGGCCAGGCGAAUCGCCAGUGCGGCCGUCGCCAAUACACCGCAAACCUCGAAUGCCAACGCAUCCUCACUGCGACGCACCUCUCCACCGCCUCCUCCUCGAACCAGCCCUCCACCUGAAUCAGAUGACGAAGUCGAGGUGGUGCGUUCUGAUUGGACAGACUUUGCAGAUGCCAAACGGGGCAGCUCACCUGGAUCCGACGAAUCCGACAAGAUAGAGGUGGUCAAGAGUAACAUUGUUACUGAGCCAGGAAAACGGACCGUCAAACGCGAACUAUCUGAAGAGCUACCCGAUUUUGACCCUUUCGAUGAGUCCCCUCUUGAACAGGAAGGACACUGUGAACCUGAACCCAUAUCAGGAUCUACGAAUACAGCGCAGGCAUCAGGGACUUCUACUUCUACGAACCCCGCCAAAGCAUUGAAGAGAAAGUGGCCCGGGAAGCCGUCAUUGGUCCUUGUUUCCACGCUCCUUGCGUGGUACAAGCAAUGUGAGACUCGGCCUCCACUACAGGCAUGGCAGGAGGUUUGGGGUGACGAGUGGGUUUUGGUGGGUUCAACCGUUUAUAGGCACAGGGCGUGGAUCGCAAAGGUCACAUACGACCGUUUCUACGCGCAUUACCGCAAUAACAUCCGUGCAACUGUUGAAGACGCCCGACGUGUGUACAAGAAGGAGUUCCAAGAGGUUGUAAACGGCAACAGCGCGGCCACCAACUAA